GAUUAGCUGCCCACCCGAGCGGCCAGCCAAUGGCAAUCGGCAGUCAGCGUUCAACGUCCAAGGUGGGCGCGUAAAUCCAUCCCCCCUCAUAUCUAUUCUUGUGCUUUGCAACCUUCCCGUGCCCAAUCGCACACGCCGGCAGUGGGAUUCAUGGAUGAUCCAUGGGCCGUGGCGGAACGAUCCUGGGGCCCGCCCGCCGCCGUCAUUGGGCCGCCGUGCAUCUCGCGCAUCCGGAGCCUUCUCACUGGUGGGUCGCGGCAUCCUGACAUCUGUCGGCGUCUUCCAUUGCUCUCUGCUGCAGCCGAGUGACCGCUUCGCCAGCCAACGGUGCGAGAGGGCGCGCAGUGUGCGCGGGAUCGUCACACAGGCUCAUGCAGAGAUACACAAUGUACGGAGGAACCCAAGGUCACAGUGCGGAGGACCUCGCCCGUCAACAGGCUGGGGGGAUGUGGGAAGGUGGUGGCCCUUGCGCUUGACCAUGAAUCCCAAGAUAGAUAUCCCACUCCCCCCCAAACGUCCGCAGAGAUACUUAUACCUCUGCCACGCGCCGGCAUCGUCAAUGCCUCUUCUCUUGAUGCUUCUGCCCCUUUGCGUCCUUUGAUUUCUCUGCGCUUUCCUAUCGUCCCUCUCAUACUUGGCGACCUCAUCUAGAUAGUCGGCCGGCAACGGUAAAAGCUCGCGCUCUCGCAAUUCUCUCUUACUCAGCAUACGAUACCAUAGCGAUACCCCACCCCCCAUCACACAAAGAUG